AUGGCAAGUGGUAGUAAUUCUCAUCCGAAUUUACAGCAACAGAACUAUGAUCAAUACUCAAAUCAUAAUGAUGACAAUUUUGAGAAUGAUUUAGAACAUCGAACGUAUGAUACACCGAUGAUAGCAAAUGAACAGUUCAACUACCCAUACCCAAUUUUAUACCAACAACAGUUUCCAUUACCAAACUAUUAUUAUAUGAAUCAAAAGAUGUAUGGUCAACAGCCCUAUGUCCAACAACAGAGACAACAAGCGAUGAUGCAACGAACAACAAACAUGACGUCAGCUACGACUAGGUCUUAUCCGUCUCCUGUUCCUCCUCCUUUGGUGCCUUCGUUGACAGAACACCAGCAACCAUCUGUACCGACAUAUCAACAUGUUCUUCCGACACAGUCCGCGGUGACCAUUGGUGCAGACACGUCUACGCCACACGCUAACAAACGCGGACGGGGUGAUAUAAGUAGUAAUUCGGAUCAAGAUCUUCAGCGUCAAAUGAACCAACAGUUUCGCACACGUGUAAUUAAUAAGUCGGCGCAGAAUCAAGCUAGUUCUGCGUAUAAACGUCAACGACCGAAUGCCCAACAAACAAAUGCUAAUCGACCACCUCCAAGACAUACAAAUGCUCAACAAAGACUAAAUUUUGGUCUAGCUACUACUACAGAUAAUCCGGAUAAUAUGAAGGGUCCUUCUGCUAAUCUACCGAUUACGGUAGCCGCAUGUCGAUUUGCGUCUACUAGAUAUCCGUUUCCACCGUUUACAAUUCUUUUUACGCAAAUAGUUCGUGAGAUACAAGUUGUAGAGGAACUUAUUGACUAUGCGAAAAAUACUCUUACGUUUGACUUGAAAACUGUAGCAUAUCGUCUAGUACAUACGGAAGUUCUACCUUCAGUCUCCCUUCAAAUGGAUCGUGAUUGGGAUGAAUUCAUGCAAGACAUAAAAAAUCAAUAUGUGGAUGUGGUAAACGUAAUUCGUUUAAAAAAUAAAUCUCAGCAGUCUGUUCGUUCCGUUAAAAUAGAAGUAAAGUCAGCGAAAUGUCGACAAGAUAUACUGGCUAGUGGACAGAUCUUUGCUAUGCAUAUGAAAUUUAAAGUGGUGGAAUAUUAUGCUCAAGCGAAUGUGUUGAUUUGUUCGAAUUGCUAUAAAAUUGAUCAUUUUCGAAAAAAUUGUCCCCAGCAAGGAGAAUCUACAUGUAAAGUUUGCGGCGAAAAAUGCGCAAAUUUGACAGAGCACGAGUGUAGUGGAGUUCAAAAGUGCAUUCAUUGUGGAAAUCAACAUAAUUCUAAUGAUACGAAAUGUCCCGUGGUAAAAGACUACCGUGCUGCGCUUACUCGAAACAUGCUGUUGAAAGUAUCUACAGCUCCUCCUCAUAUGGGAUAUGCUAUGGGACAGCCACCUUUUGUCGACUUUUCUCGUCUUAAUCCAGCUCAAAGGACAUCUGUUUAUUCCAAUACUAUUGCGGGAUUUAUUCCUAAGCAGUUGGAUGAACUAUCGAACAAACUCGAUUCUGUUCUACUUAAGUUGGAAGAUGAAUCGAAAAAGACCCGUGAGUCACUAAAACAAAUCAAAGAGGAAAUGAAAACAGGAAAUGAAGAAUUAAAGCAAAAAGUCUUACAAGUGGAAAAGAAUGUGAACUCAAUGGAACAAAAGUUCAGAUCGUUUCUUAGUGCUAAUAACGAUAUAUUGCAAAGAAUAUGUGUAUGUUUAGGUGAAAAUUUCAAAGACAAUUCAUGGAAACAAGGGCAGUGUGGAGACAUAUCCCGAUUGGGAUAUCAUUUUUUGCAGCAAAAUUUUUUUUAUAUCCCGAAUGGGAUAUAG